CGCACGAUCAGCGUAUCCAUGCGGUCCACAUACGCACAACCAGCCAAUUCACGUAGCAUAUCAACACAACACAAGACAACACAACAACCGACCGCCAUAAAUCGCCACUCAUCGCAGCCGCCAGCGACCUCUCCUACCCCCUGCCAGCCUACCCUACAGCCGCCUAGAGGUCUCCCCUUGACUCGACUCACUGACCGGUGGGGCCUCCCUUAAGGGUGAGUGGCCAUCAUCAUUAUGUGAGGUGGGUGUGGCGCAUAGAACAAGGGCUGGCCGAUCGUCGCAUAGGGCGGCGGAGGCGCAAAGGCCAUGGCAGGGGGCGGCUGCGGCACGGGUGGUUGGAUGUAUCGCUGCUGCUGCUGGCGAUGGCCAUUGUGGUGACGUGACUGUGCUGAGAUUGUGGCGGGGAGGCGGAGGUCGGGGAUGCGCCGCGGCAUUGUGGCCGAUGCAGCAUGGCCUUUGGCAUGGAGAAGGGGCGGCGACAACGGCUGGCCGCUCAUGAUCACACCAACAGCACCUGUCACACACAGCACCCACAGAGACAGGUGGCAUCGAUGCUGCGUUUUUUCCGCUGCGACUGCAUGCGUACGCUUGUUGGCGUCCGAUUUCCAUUGAGUCUGGGUCUCUUGCAGCUUGAGCUUGAGUGCGUUGGCGGGAGUCAGCGGGCCGCACUUGGGGUGGUGCCUGUGGUGCUCGGUAAACGAGUGGUGGACGACCGACCGGCGGGAUGCCCUUGCCGCUCCACAGCCGAGCCCCCACCCUGUCGGCCUCUAUGUCGAUGCCCACUCCCUCUCCCACCACUGGCAGGCGCGUCUUGGCCACGUCAAAUGACGGCGGCUCGUUGGCGAUUCGGGUCAUGACAAUAGACAGCCUCGGCCGCUCGGCUUUCUUGACCAUCGGGGCGCUCUUCAGGUGGUCAUCAGGCUGCUCUUCUUGCUUGGGUGUGUGCCGCUCGGAUGUAUCGACCACUCCCUCCCCCACCACCGGCAGGCGCGUCUUGGCCACGUCAAAUGAGGGCGGCUCGUUAGCGAUGCGGGUCAUGACAAUCGACAGCCUCGGCUGCUCGGCUUUCUUGAGCGCUGGGGCGGUCUUCUGACGGUGGUCUUGUGUGAGUGCGAGUGUCUUGGGGGCGUCCGAUGCUGUUAGGGCGGUGAAGGGGCGGGGGGCUUUGGUGCCGGAUGCCCCUAUCAUGCCGGCCAGGGCAGCAAAAGGGUCACCGCUGCCACCUGCACACAUCAACGAGUGACACACACACCAAUAUGUGUCAUACCGCGUGUUGGUCCUCCUCCCUCUCCCUCCUUGUCUCUCUCUCUCUCUCUCUCUCACCUCCUGUGCGGAUGCCGACACCUGGUCCGAUCAUCGCGGCAUUCUCGCCGCCAUGACUUCUCUCAACACCAGCAGCGCCAUUGGCCGUCUGUGGUGGCGGGGGCUGCUUUCUCCGACCAGCUGCACUAGCUGUGACCGAUCGCUGCUUAGAGAUCUUCUUGGGCACAGUGGCGGCCGCAUUGCCGUCGUCAGUCGUGUCGGCCGCCCUCUGUUUCCUGGCGUGAGCCCUGACGUCUGUGUGGGCGUCUGUGGGGGGCGUGGCGAUGCGGCCAUCGAAGGCGACGACGCCGUCUGCAUGUGAGGCCACCCUGGCGCCAGGGCUAGUGGAGGAGAUGGCAGCAGAAGGGGGGGCCUUGUGCCCCAGAACCCCACCCCCAAUGCUCGCACCGCGGCCACCACCAGUCAAAUGUGUCUGACAUACACACACGACACACAGACACACAGACAGGGAGAUCGGGGGUCUGUCUUUGUUUGUGUAUGUUUGUGAGUUCUGCCUUGCUGCACACCUGCUGCUGUCUCCUGCCGUUUGUGAAGUGCGAUCCGCCAGCCGAUGGCCACCGGCCUUCGCCUCUGCUGGCGCCCCCACGCACGGCACGGCCCUGGUGGAUGGAUGCAGAAACACCGAGGGCAGGGCACCCACACACGUCCACAUAUGGGUGAGUGAGUGUCUCGUGUGUUUGUAAUGUCUGUCUGCCCCACGUACCGUACCUGAAUCUGCGAUUUAUGGCUGAGCAGUCGGGCAGCCCCUGCCACUGGGACACCGCCAGCAGGGAUCGUGGGGGCCACUGGGGGAGCGGGAGCCUUGCCCUCGGCCGUCUUCCGCAGACUCGUGGCCUCGCGAACCAAACGGUCCGCACGUACCUGACGGAUGGAUGGAUGGAAUGGCCAACACAAAGAACACACCCCACAAUGACCGUGCGACGACUGUGGGGUGAUGUUUCCGUGUGGUGUGUAUGCCCACACCCCGCCCCAUCUCACCAGUUCUCUGUCGAGUGUUUGCUCAGUUCUGUGGAUGACGGCGGUCACCUCGGGCGGCAAAUCGCAACCGGACAAAAGACGUUCCAAAUCACCGUCUACACACACACACACAUAGGGAAUGAACAUCUGUCUCUGUCUCUCUGUCGGUGUGGUGUGCGUGUCGCCCACCUCCCCCCUCCCCCUUCUCACCUGUGGCCACGUCGUUCUCCCCACCAGCCACAGCCAAUUCGUCCACAUUGGCCGCGGCGACCUUCUUGAGACGCUCCUGCGUGAGGCAGGCAGCCAUGACACACAAGACACCACAAGCAUCAAUGUGCCAAUAUAUGGAUGGGUGUUCCUGUGUGGCUGCCUCAAAGUCUCUUCCAUCAGCUGGUUGUAUUUCUCCUGAAGCUCGUCCAGCCGGGCCUGCAACUCAUCGUACUGGUCCUUGGUGACGUGAUCCAAAGCAGACGGCUCCUGUACCUGACAUCAGUGGAGUGAGGAGGAGAGCCCGUGACUGGAUUGGAUGGUGUGUGGCUGUGCUGCCUAACCGCAUCAGUGGCCUUGGUUCUCUCGGCUUCCUGGAGUUUUGCAUUGACCAUGUCCUGCAUACAGACACACAAUCAGACACCCUUCAUCAGUGGACCUUUGCUGGUGGAGGACACGCAGGCCCUCACUGACCAGCUCCCGCUGUUGUUUGCCGAUGGCGGUGCGGAGGACGUGCUCCAUUUUGAACCACUCAUCGGCCGCCUUGGCAGCCGCCGCAUCCUUGUCAGCCAGCAGCUUGGUCUACACACAGCACAACACAACACAACACACCGAUGUGCAUAUGUGCGCCUAUAGAUGUGUGCGUCACUCAGUCUCUCACUGACCUUGUUAUCACCCGCAGCUGCAAGAUGCGACCUCAGCUCGGCUAUCGUCUUCUCUUGGUGGUGGUACAUGUCCUUGAUGGCAUCGUAUCGGUUCUUGACGUCGUCGUACUUCCGCAUGUAGUACCGCGCCAUGCUCUCACCCAUGAGGCGGUCGUCUGCGUCGAAAUCUGUGUCGAAAUCAUCGUCAUCGCUCUCCUACAGACAACACAGCACACGUACGCAGAGUGAGGGAGAGAGAGGUCCAGUCGAUAUCUUUCCCUCAGUUCUGUGUGUGCGUCACAGUGCGGCGCGCACCUGUCUGUCGGUAUCCUGCCGUUUGUGUGUGGUGGGGGCUGCCACUGCGGCCAUAUCGCGGCACCACUCGUCAUCGUCACUGGCACUGCUGGCACUGCUGCUGCCUCCCUUGGCUGCAGCAUCAACACCGGGCGCUGCGGCUGCGGCUGCUGCCACUUGGUCUGGCGGGUAGUUGCGAUCACGCUCCUGAGACCACCACAGCACACACAUACACACACACACACACACUGACGACUGUGUGGAUGUGAGGAUGAGUGAGGGUCUGUGUGCCUACCUCGUGGACCUCCUUGAGGUUGAGUUUGGGAAGGGCUGGCGGGGGCAGCGAGGGGCUCCGCUGGUGGCGGUUGUGGUGCACAGGGUGGGGGAGAAAAUAGACCUGACGGUACACAGACACACAGACACACACACACACACACACACAGGUAAAUAAGAGUGGAUGUGUGUGUGCGCCCUGCCGUGCCUACGUCCACGAAAUCUUCCUCGUCAUUGGCGUCGUCCAUCUGGCGGUGCCGGCUAUCUGAUUGACCAACACAAAGGCAGUCAGAUAAAAGGUGACAGAUGUGCAUCAAUCAACCAUCCCCAUCCAUGGGUGAGAAUGCGAUGCGUACCGCUGAGUGGCUGCAGGCGGUGUGGUGAGGCCAUCAAAACUCCUGCCAACCGCCCCGGCCUCGUAUCAUCGCUGAAGCCACCAAUCCAGCCAGUGGGCCACAGGCGCACACACACAGGCAACAGAUGAUUGGCGUGGGGUUGGAGGGGGGAGGGGGGUGGGGUUGGCUGGGUACCUUGUCCUCUUGUUGGCGCGUUUGCGUAGCUCGUCUAUCUCCGUUGUCUUGUCGAGGAUGUCCUCAGCCUGGCGGCUGAUCUUGCUCUUGAGAUGCCGCUCGUGCAACCUGGUGACACACACAACGAGAUAGAGAUGGAAUGAGUGAGUGGAGUGACUGUGUGGGUUCUCUCUCUCUCUCGUCUGUUGCCAGGUGGUUGGCUGACCGUACCGUGCUGCCCUGAGCUGCUUCUCUGUCGCCUCCUGUCGGUCCUUCAUCCUCGCUGCCUCCUGCACUCAUUCACCGCACCACACGCGCCGCACCGCACAAUAUGUACAAGAUGCACUGACCUGCCUCACUCAGUCACAACUGCGGGCUGCCCUGCCCGACUCUCUCUCGUGUAUGUCGUGCAGGUCUGCUCUGCUGUGCUCUGCUGUGCUGCACUCACACUCACUCACCUCCUGCGACGCCUUUUCCUGCUCCUGACGAAGGGCGAGGGCGCGUCGCUCCUCUAGCUCCUGCUGUUCUCUUUGGUGGAGCUGGUAAUGAGCGCUGGGCGGCAGGAAGGCACCCAGCUGCUGCUCGUCAUCGCUGUCAUGCUCCUGCGUCAGUGCAGGGGGAGCGAAGACAACGAAAUCAGUGAAUGAGUGAAUGACUGGCGCUGUGACAGCUAUCAGUCAUUGCUUGCCUGGUCCUCUGGCGGAACACCCCCGAAUCCCAUAGAGGGCUUCUUCACAAGGUUCUUCAUCAUCGUGUUUCUCUUGCUUCGAGAGAGGGGAAACCUG